AAACACGGGAAUGUGUGUCAAACAGAGGCGCGGAGGGGGGAGCUGCCCCGCUGCCAGCGAAUCUGACCUACUUCUUGCCGAGCGCCUCCGAUACUAUUUUAAGUGAGCGCACCGCAACCAGGGCAGUCUGCAAAGGCUACAGAACACUUAAAGGAAAGCUUGGAAGAACAACGGAGCGGGACCAUGGCGAUGACGUCGUCUGAAUGUGACGGGUACGGGGAAGGCGUGAAGCUGCGGGGGGCGUCGGUGCGCAGGAACCUGUUUGGGCCGGUCGACCACCAGCAGCUGCAGCAGGACUUCCAGCGUCUGCUCUGCAUGAGCGUGGAGGUGGCCAACAAGAGGUGGAACUUCGACUUCCAGACAGACCGGCCGUCGCAGGGCUCCAUCGAGUGGGAGGAGCUGCAAUGCCAGGAUGUGCCGGCGUUCUACCGCAGCUGCGUGGUGAAGGCGGGCAUCGGGCGCGCGCCGGACGUGCCGGGCGGAGGGGUGGCCGCCCCCCGUCCCCCACGGGAGUACCUGGAAGUCACGGCCAGGGAGGCUUACAGGAGCCACAAGGCCGAGAAGCGGGCAGCCUCAUCCAGCACACUCAAACGCAGACAGGCCACCAUCACAGACUUCUUUGCAGUGAAGAAGAAGAGGUCCUUACAUCACAAGGGCUCCUCGCGACAGUAAGACUCAAGAGCGCCUCACAGUGGUGGAAGACAACACAAUGGCCAUGGACCAGAAGUAGUCUCUCUGUAUAUAAAUAUGUACAUAAUUUCUUUACUUUUAAUAUUUUGACAGUCAUAAGCUCAUAUUGUAUGGGCUUAAAAAUGUCUGGGAAAUCUAUUUCUGUAUAAGGAGAUUCACAGUCCUCCUGUAGAAAAACACCAGUCCACCUACAAGGCCUUAAUAUGAAAACUAUCACUUUGACUAUAUGUAGCAGAUUAAGAUAUAUAUGCCUUUAAUGGAGUUUUUUAACCCAGUGCUCUAUGUUUUAUGUAUACUGUGAAAAAAAAACAAUGCACUCAGUUUUUAAAAAAAAACACACAUUUUGUUGGAAGAGACCAUCACCUGUUUCCUUGUUUAUGGUCUCUGAAACAAUGGCUUCAGUUGUUCCUGAACCCCAGGCUACUCUACCCAGAGUUCAGCUGGGUGAGCAGCUCUCACCAGCCUUGCUCUGUGUUCAGUGCGCUUUCUCCCUGGGCUUCAAACUCCCAGCCCUGUGAGCCGUCAGCUGACCCGAAGGUCAGAGACUCUUCUCAGGGUUGAAACAGGACCUGUGGUUGGACAUUAUCCUUGGGGGCAAAGGUCAGGGCCUGGAGUUUUAGACGGAGAGCAUCCGGAGAUGACUGCUCUGACACUGCUGUCCCAGGGGGAAGAGGAACAUUAUAUAGCCCUGUAUGAAAGUAGCUUUACCUUUGGUAAUUAAAGAACUGAGCCAUGCCUCACCCACUGAUGCAGCUAAACUAUGUGGCCAUUCCACGACUGCAUUCACCCUACAGGCUCAGGGGAGUUUGAGAUUAGAGAUAAUCCAAGACAGACACCGAUUGGUCAGACAGACCCCUCUGAUGUUUAACUGUUUAUGAUUAUCACUGGUGUCGACCUGCCCAGUGCUGAGCCUGCUGGACCAGUACAGGACAGAACCAGUCUUGCCCGUUUCAGGGGAUGCUGUAUCCAUUCAUCCAGCCUAUUCAUAACACCACAUCUGCACCACAGAUAGAGUGACUUGCAUGUAAUGAUGCAAAUAAUGCCUUAUGCCAGAUUUCAGCAUCAGCGUUCCUUGAAAUGAUGUCUGAGCAGCAGAGUAAUCAAAUGUCCUAACUGAUAAUGGUGCAUUGCUUGUAUGUAGCUUUCUUAGCAUCUUACUUUUAACAAUGUAGCAUUUUAUGUUGUCUUUUUAUAGAAAUAACAUAUUAGAGGAUCUGAUUGCAGCUUUGUAGUACAUGAAGGGAAUGUAGCGUUGAUCGUAUUAGGUUUGGUUAGCAUCAGAUAGCAGAAAAGAUUAGGGACCCUUUUAUCAUAUACUGAUUGUACUAUGAUUGGUGUAUAAAUGCAGGGAAAUUCAUCACAGAUUUAGAACAUAAAACAUAUAUUGAUUAAGAUGUGUCACAUUUCCUGUGCAGUGCAGGUUUGUGUGUAUGUGUGUGUGUGUGUGUGUGUGUGUGUGUGUGUGUGAUUUAUUUUUACACAGUGUAAAUGGUAGCAUUAGCUGAAGCGGUUAACCAAAGAAGUGUUGCUUCGUAAAAUUAACCGAAUUGGUGCCAAUUGAAUAAAGUUGUUCAGACAGCAGCACUGAGGUGAAAAGGCCAAUGAUACUCAUAAUCCUUAGAGGCUUUGCAAGGGCAUUCAGAGCGUUACUCACACCAAAGGAAAUUAUCAGUAAACGGCAGGCUGUAAGUCAGCAUGUUGCAUUCUUCUUAUUUAGAAAACCGUGCUGUAAUGUAAGGCAGUAACAGUUCACCAUGUACCCUUUGCAAACAGCAGUGCCGAGGUUAAAGCAGACUACAGACUGCGAUUAUCAGUAAAAAGAUUUUUUUUUUAAUUAAUAGCCAUAAUCUGGAUUGUCUACCUCACCCAAUUCAUAUCAGGUGACUGAUGGGACCUUGUAAAAGCCCAAUUCAUAUCAGGUGACUCAUGCCUUCUGCCCCUGCCCCCUGCCCACUGCCCCUGCCUCCUGCCCACUGCCCACUGCCCCUGCCUCUGCCCUGGAGAGGAAGCUCAGAUCCUCUGGGGGAUCUCAUUUCUAUUGUCUCUGGCACCCUGACUGGCUUUUGUUUGACAAGCUUCCCAGAAACAGUCAGAAAAGGGGGCAGGGUUUUCCCAGUAGAAUGUAACACAGUUUGUGGGCUUGCAUCAAUGGAGUUCUUGCAGGACUAUUAGCCUCUUGACUUGGUAUUUCAGAAACAUUUUGUGUGAUCUCUUUGUAGUCUAAACUCUCGUUCUUGUUUUUGCCAACUGCCUCAAUGUCUGCACAAAUAUAAAAAGAGUUUUUACAGGAGCAAUGAUCAGUUCUUAACAAAUAUGCUGUAUUUCACUGCAAGUUUACACACUUCACCUCACGAAUGAAAGAAGCUUGGAUCUGCUGAGUGAAUUGAUGUUUUGUGAGUUUGAUUUUUUUUUUUUUGCUGUGCCUGUCUUUUCAUGUGUUC